AUCAUAGAUUUCUUAUUUAUGAUUGUUUGGAUGAAAUGCAUGUGGGUCCUCUUCAAGUUUUCUCCACUGAGCUGUAGAUUAACAGAGCUUAGGUCUCCGUUGCUUAGCUGUAUUGUCAGUUUAUGCUUGAUGCCUAAUUUAUCAACAAAUCCAUUGCUUUUUCCUCUUUCUCAGCAAGAUUCGGCCUGACAUUGUUACCUUUUUCUCAGAAUGCGUUGGAAUCCCUAUAGUACUCAGCGGGUCCUUGUAACAACUCGGGUGAUCAUCUUUCAAAUCUUAGAACCAUAGAAAAACAGUGGAAAAACGAAGUUGGUAUCCAAGCUGUUUUACAGACUCAUCUGGGUUGUCCCUUUCUGAUGGGAAUCAUGUCGGAGAUUCUUUAAGACUCAAGCUCUCCGUAUUGUUCAGCAUUACCAGUUCUAUGUUGCUUUGUUAAAGCAAAAUAUAUUCUUGGAAUCCAGGUUGCAUAUCAAUGCGAGGGAUCGGGUUCUUUAAGACAGAAAUGUGAUGGGCAAUCCCAUAUGGGCAUUCUCAUUUCUGCUCUUUUGGGUGCUAUUUUACACGGGAGGUUUAGCGAAUAAUCUGCAAGAUCUAAACACUCUUGUGCAGAAUGAGGCAUUUAAGGAACUCUACCAGAAGAAAACAGGGAUCCUAUACAAUGUCUCUGUGCCUUCAUUCCAGUAUGGUGUCACUGCUCAGGUUAUUCGUCUCAGAGUGGGGAGUCUGAGGAGGAGGGGAGUCAAUAUCAAUGAGUUCACAAUACCGAAAGGUGCUACAGUUGAGGGGAACCCAAGAAGCGUCGUAAUGGUUUACAAGAAUUUUGGCCACAAUUACUCCUAUUUCCCCACUAUGGGCUAUAAAUUUGUUGCUCCGGUAGUUGGUAUUCAGGUUUACAAUGCUUCAGUUACCAAGGAAGGAGAAUAUCCGCCAGAACUCAAGCUCAUUGUCAAGGGUAAUCCCAUAAGCAUUAACAUCCCAGUGUAUGCUGAUAGUACCUUGACCCCUUCCUGUGCCUUGUUCAACUCCACGGGUGUACUGACCAGCAUCAGUAAGAUGGAUUCCCCCACAAAAAUAUGUAUCACCAGUCAACUUGGAGACUUUUCUCUUAUCAUUCCCACGAAAGCCACGGCUCCUUCCCCUAGUCUAGCUCCAGAAAGCCCAAUGGUUGUAAGAAAAAGGGAGCAAGGAUCAAAUAAAUGGAAAUUUGCAGCUGGAGCAGCAGGAGGAGGGACUGUAUCUAUGCUAGUCCUGUUUCUGGUGGCCGUUUGGGGUAGAAAGGAAGCGGAUAAGGCAAAGAUUUCCAAAAUGGAAAGGCAGGCAGACAAUGAGGAGACAUUGCAAACUUCAUUGAUUGGGAAUAGCAGGGCACCUACAGCAGCGAGUACCAGGACAAGGCCUGUUCUAGAGAACGAGGAUUCUACAUAGUUAUAUGAACAUGAAUUAAAGCUUUGCCAAGGCUACAUUGUAUCUCUAGGAUUGUUUAAGUUGACAGAAAUGCAAAUAUACCCCACACGCCUGCUAGCCAAAAGAUUCUUUCUGUUGCAAACCUUGGAGGUUGAUUCUAUCCCAAACUCAUUUUUCGGAAUCCAUUCAAUGUUGUCUUCUAGAAGGUGUGACUAACCAAAACAGAUUCUUUUCUUUUGUUUUUUGUGAUUUUAAUAUUUAUGCUGUAAGCUAUACCUAAACUAAUUCAUUGAAAGCAACAUGCAAGCACUUUUUUGCGUUUCCUUAAUUGUUUUGUUUACUACUGCUGAGCUAUGCUCCAUAGCUUAGUAGAUGCAUAGUGGCAUCUCUAUUCAGAGUGCUCCUCCUACUCCUAUAACUUCACCUUUGACUCCCAAUGCUCUUGACGAAGAUCAUCCUAAUGUCCAUGUAAAAGCAGGGAAAAGCAUGUAGUUAUUGGUUUAGGUGGAAAAAGAAUUUUGACAUGCAACAGAUUUAGAAGGAGCAGUGGGCUCUGUCCACGUAAGUGGAGUUGUUGCUGACUUUUCAAUUUGUUGAUUCUGCAGGUUAGGUAGUUUGCUCUGUUCUUUGUAAAACAAGAUGAAUAAACUUAUAUUUGAAUUGCAA